UGUAAAACGCCUGUUUGAUCAACGACGAUUGUCAGGGGAUGAACGAAAAGCAAACAAACGAUUGAUUUACGACAAAGUUUGUAUCAGACCUGUAAAAGUAAUCAGAUUCCUUUAUUUUUGACAGAGAAUCAGAAUUAAACAGCAUUGUAUUUGGAAAAGUAAGUUUGUAAACAGCAAAUGGUGGACGUUCUAACGAUUGACGGGUCUCUUUUUGCUGCCUAUUCGUUAUUUCACUUUUCAUCGAACAUGCAGCCACUAUAAUGGUAAAAUGACGUCAGUGACGACAGAGCAACCGUUACCAUUAGCGGAAGCUAACUCGGUACUCCUCGAGAAUGGCCCUAUCAGAAUAAGAACUCUUAGAGACACAGACCAGGAUUCCGAGUUUGCUGCAAAUAUAAUGGUGGAUGCAUUUGAAAGAAAAUUUAUUCACGUGACAAGUAGACGGAGCUUACCUUCCAUGAGAGAUUUCUAUGGAAGAAGCCUUAGAGGAAGACCCCCGGUUUUCUACGAGAGAAACUUCAUUGCAGAAUACAAUGGAGAGAUGGCAGGCUCCUGUGUUUUGCGUUACCAUGGAGAUAAUGCACUUUUCCCGGACGUUAGAGAUGAAGACUUUGCCCCAGUGAAGUGCACUGAUAAGUGUGGGUUACUGUGUUUUGCCCUUGCAACAGCAGAAGAUAUUCCACCAGAAACGUGCUUCUUGGAUCACAUCGGAGUAGACUCCAAAUUUAGAGGAAAAGGCAUAGGGAAGCUACUAUUAGACAUGGCCGAUACAGACGCCAGACGAAAAGGGUGUAGGAUGAUUUAUCUGUCGGUGGCAACCAGUAACCGGUCUCAACGCCUAUACGAAAGACAGGGAUAUGUGGUGAAAGAGAAAAAGACGCUGUGUUGCUGUGGAUAUUGGUGUACGACUGGAGAAAGGGAAUUUGCAUUUAUGGAAAAGAAUCUGAAGUGAGGUAGAAACAACAUUGACUUUCUCCCUGACAGUUUUUCAUGAUUGGAAUUACCUCUGACACAAUUCCGGUGCCUGCUGGCCGUGCUAUAUUAGCAAAAUCAAAUUAAGCAUAUGAAAUAAUGUGUAAAGAACAGUUUCAGGAAGUAAAAUUAUGCAGAGAU